AAAUGAAAUUGGUAUCGGAGGCACCCUCUCUCAAACACAGAGAUGAAUUUUGCGCGAUUGCUGUGUCAAAAAUGUUAAUAAAUCUCUCUCAAUGCAUCGCAAUCGAUCACGCUUCGCGAUUUGUCUCGCAAUGGCUAGCGAAUGUGAAAGCGAGGCUACGCACUGAGUAACCCAUCGCGCCCCCCUGCGGUCACAAAUGGUAUGAUUCUAUCCUGGACUUAACCGAUGAACCCAUAUUCAGACCGCAAACUGUUGGGGAAAAGCUUGUCAUCGUCCAAAACGGCCGAAAAUAGGAGAAUGGUGGCCAAUUUUCACCCACGGCAGACAGAGAGUACAUUGAACGGGCUCUAUAUACCAAGUAUUACAGACACGCUAGAUGGCAGUGUCAAUGGCCAUGGGGUUAUUGGCAGCAACAUGUCCAACUCUAUGGGUUCCAUGGGCGGAAUGGGCCACCCGCCAGACGUUAAACCAGACAUCUCUGCUCUACAGUCGCCCACUAGCACACAUGGGUCAUACUACAACUACGGCCAUGGGUUGCCGCCGAUGCCGACCUCUACGCAGCAGUCACAGGGUCCGCCGAUGCAUUCUACGCCAUUACACUCGACCACGUCACCGCUGGGACCACCAUCGAUGAUGUCACUAGGGUGUGUUCCACCACCGUCGCCUCCAGGAAUGGGAAUGGCACACACAACAAUGGGCAAUAAACACAUAUGUGCAAUAUGUGGUGACAGAGCAUCGGGGAAGCAUUACGGCGUUUACAGCUGCGAAGGGUGCAAAGGUUUCUUUAAAAGAACUGUGCGCAAAGAAUUGACGUACGCUUGUCGAGAUGACAAAAACUGUAUGAUAGACAAACGCCAACGUAAUCGCUGCCAGUACUGCCGCUACAUGAAGUGCUUAGCCAUGGGCAUGAAACGGGAAGCUGUGGGCGUUGGUCAAGAUUCUAAAUCCGACAAAAGCUGGCAAAGCGUAGGAGGAUUGUCGGUCCAGGAGGAGCGGCAGCGUGUCAAGGAGAAGGGGGACGGGGAGGUAGAGAGCACCAGUGACGCCAACAGCGACAUGCCCGUCGAGCAGGUCCUCGAGGCCGAGCUGGCCGUCGAACCCAAGAUAGAAAACUACAUAGACACACAGAAAGACCCCGUGACGAAUAUAUGUCAGGCAGCAGAUAAACAGUUGUUCACAUUAGUGGAAUGGGCGAAGCGCAUCCCUCAUUUUACAGAAUUACCUCUAGAAGAUCAGGUCAUUUUACUUCGAGCAGGUUGGAAUGAGCUUCUCAUAGUGGGGUUUUCUCACCGUUCGAUCGCCGUCAAAGACGGAAUAUUACUAGCGACUGGUCUCCACGUACAUCGUAGCUCGGCCCACCAGGCUGGAGUGGGCACAAUAUUUGAUCGCGUGUUAACAGAACUUGUAGCGAAAAUGAGAGAAAUGAAAAUGGAUAAAACCGAGUUGGGCUGUUUACGAGCAAUUGUGCUCUUCAAUCCAGAUGCGAAAGGUCUGUGCGCCGUCUCCGAAGUGGAGCAGCUGCGUGAAAAGGUCUACGCCUCACUGGAGGAGUACUGUAAAACGAGGUACCCCGAUGAACCAGGCCGCUUCGCAAAACUUCUUCUUAGGCUGCCUGCUCUCAGGAGCAUUGGACUCAAAUGUCUUGAGCAUCUGUUCUUUUUCAAACUCAUUGGAGACACGCCCAUUGACACGUUCCUUCUGGAAAUGUUGGAAAAUCCCAGUCCAUGUACAUAACCUAGAAAUACUCUUCAUCUGAAGAUAGCAGUGCUCGACUUCCAAUUGCAGUUUAGCCACUCUCUCGACGAUACAAAUUGAUCAAGAGCAGUGCAGAUGUGUGCUGUUAACUCUCAACUGCACUCUGUUAAGCUUAGACAAACCGAAGUCGGACCAAGGCCAGAUAAACCUUUGUGUUUCAGUAACUCUGAUAAUUUAAAAAAAAAAAAAAGACGAAUCAAUAUUGUUACGUAUGAAUUGAGCUGUUCAUCCGAAGAGUUGUGGUUUGUUUUAGGAGUAUGUGGUAAAAUAUGACAUUCUCACAGACGUUUGUAGUCCAUUAUGUGAGGGGUGAAGAUUGUCGAUUGAAAGUCGAGCUGACAUUUUACUGUUAAAACUUUCAGGACUUGGGAGUGGAUGAGGGAUAGAAGUGGAACAGGUGUUUUUGACAGUGAAGUGCUGAAACUGUUUGGUAUUUUCACAGUUCUGUGACUUAUAUUCUUGACCCGGUAGUAAGACACUGAUGUGUGCAUGUAACAGUAGCGUACUGGCAAUUUGAAAUAGAGGAGCGAGGUGAAACGUCUUUCUGAAUUCAGCCUUUCUAGCAAAGAAUCUGUGUGCAUAUGGUCUUCGUGUUUGUAAGUCUAAAAUCUUAAAUGUCCUAGAUAGUUCAGGGUGAAAGCUAUUUUUGACAUCAACGAACUUGUUAGUUUCUGUAUAUCAAAAUAACAUUGAAACAAAGAUAAUCAGAUACAAUAAAAAUGGGAUUUAAUAACACAUUUGCAUAAAUGUAAUGUUUGCAUUUUUUAAUGUGUGUAGUUUCUAUCAUUACUAUUAUGACAACAAAUGAUUCACAGGUAUUUUUGCGAUAGAUAUUUGUAAAAGAAGUUUUAAACAAUAAGUGACAAACGAAGACAAUAUCUACAGUGACAAUGUUUGAAUGCCUAAUAAUUGUUUGUACAUUAAUGAUGUAUAGUCUAGGUUCACGUGAGCCUCUAAACACUGUUAAAUGUAUGUGUAAUAUGCAACCAUUUUUACAGAUCAUAAUUGAACACAUGCUAAUUUACUAGCAGACACAUAACUGUCAAAGACAUGAAAUGUGUGCAGGAAUAUGCAAGCGUUGAAUGUGUGGAUCUUUUGCAUAGAACACGUCCAUUUUACUGCAGCGUUGUACAGGCUUGAGUGAACCUAGCUUAAGAAAAAUGCAUGAAAAGGGUUGACAUUAACAGAGACCUAUUGACAACUGUUUUGGCCUUUGGUCUAGUUUUGGCCAUCACAAUUUGAGAUAAAUUCAGUCAUUUGUCAUGCUGGUCUUCAUAUUUCUCUGUAUUUGGGAUUUCUCUUAAUGCUAGUUUAUUUUUGAUUAUCCUAACUAGCAAAUGUUGACAGUAUUUGAAUACCAUACGACACACGAACUGGUACAGUUUUGAUGUCGCACACGUGAGCUGCUGCAGAACGACGUCUCUUAAAUUCCGUGUUUUGUUUGCGAGCAGUUAAUGGACACACUAAGAUCAAAAGAUAAGAUCUGUGUUAACCAUUAAAUUAUUCACUCUGCCAUAAAACUUAUUUCAAGUUACUACUGGUGUGCUUACCUGCAUCAUCUUAAAUUCCGUGUUUUGUUUGCGAGCAGUUAAUGGACACACCAAGAUCAAAAAAUAGAUCUGUGUUAGCCAUUAAAUUAUUCACUCUUGCCAUAAGACGUAUUCAAACUACUACUGGUGUGCUUACCUUCAUUCUCAUGUGGUAAACUCAUUUCAGCUAUUGCUUUACUGCAGUUGUGGUGUGACCAUUGUUUCAUAAUGUGUAUGUCAUUGAGCUUAAUUAAUAGCCAAACUGCACUAUGCUGCAAAUUAUUUGAAACUUCAUACAACAACAGAGGAUAUGAAUCAAAUGACCAAACAUCUAAGCAAUUUCCAAACACCUUGGCAUACCAAGAUGAUCAGCUUCGUAAAAAAGUUUAUUCAUCCCCGAGUAGUAAUAAUGAUUUAUGCUUGACAUUUUUAAUAUGGAUUUUUGCCAAUAAUGAUAAUGAAUAAUAAUAGAAAUAAUGUAUCGCACAUAAUUCAGUGGUAUAAUUUCAAUCCAUUGUUUUAUGUCUGAGCUAUUUUAAUUGCAUCUUACUUUUACAGCAUGUCCUAAAUUAAUAUGUAAUUAUUUACAAGGUAUCUGUGGGCAGUACUGUACUGGAAGGAGACUUCUUAAUUGUUAGUAUCAUUACGAACCAUCAAAACCAAUUUUUUAAUUAAAAUAUAUAUAUAUAUGCAUAUAAAUGUAAUUUUUUAUAAAGUGUAUUGGGCCAACCUCUUGCCAAGCAGUCGGUUCUUCAAGUACUGUCAGUGUGGUGUUUCAUUCAGGCUUUAAAGAAUCACUUGUAUGCUUGUUACUCUUUAAUAAUAAUCUAGAUCAUUGUGGUAAUUUUUAUUUUUUUUACAAGUAAUCAGUAAUUUAAUCUAAAUUUGUGUGGAUUUUGUUGCCUUUGUAAAUAUAGGAUUUAUUUUUCUCCCCACAUACAGCUGAAUUUUCAUAUUUCACAUAGUUUGUCAUGUUAUAGAUGGUACGAAUUGUCACUGGCAUGCUAGUACUGUAAUGGUUUUAGUGACGUGUAUUCUUGUCAUUAAGAUCAGAAUCUGAUAUUAAAAAUGCAGUAUCUUGCAUGCUAUUUUCUGUUCAACUAGGUAUAAAAGUUCAAAGUAAAUGAUUUGUUUAUUAUAUAUUACUACUGUAAUAGGAUUGCUUAAUAUGUUUUUCCCAAAGCAGUUUUUAUCAAUUUAAUUACCAUAACUUUUUUUGUGUGUUUAGGGAUUUUUGGGCAGUUUUGUAUGAUUGUGCAUCAUAUUUGUUACACUGCAGAUUUUGUAUGCCUUGGUUUGUUGUGUUGGUAUGACAUUUCUGAAUUUAACGGUUAAAUGAUCUCUGUAAAGAACCCCUAGUAGUACAUUUAUGUCUUGAUGGCAAACACUUCGUGCCUGUGGUUAUAUAACUUGUCUAAUAACAGUUCGGCAAAGAUUCUCACAUGCAUAUAGUAAACAGUUUGGGAUUCUUUAUUAUUCAUUGUUUAAGUGCACAUGACUUGAAAGGACAGACCUGACUUUGCUGUCAUUGGUAUAAUGUUCCUCACAUAGUCUUUUGUAAACAACUAAAAUUGUAAUUAUGGUAUACAUCUUGUUGUUUAGAAUACCAGUUUCUGUUAGAAGUGGGGUUUUGAAGUCAUAAUGUUUGUAGUAGCUCGAACUUCAUUAUACAAUGUAGAAAAUGAUUAAAUCCAGUUUAGACUACUACCAAUAUCUGGAUUCAUGACCAGAAAGACUUCACUGAUAUUCUAAACAAAAUGUAUUCAGGGCUCACCCUGUACAUUACCAAAUUAGUCAAUUGCUAAUUUUUAAACAAAAUGGCUACACAGUUUAGUCUUUGGCUAAUAAAAUAUUACCCAAAUUAACCACAUUUAACUAAAUUUCAAGAAAAUACUCUACGUUUCUGAAAAUUGGCUAAAUCAAAAUGUGUUUCAGUGUGAGAACUGGUAUUUAAUGUGUAAUUUCAGUUAUUAACGGUCUGUAUUACAUGUUGCUGUAGACAUCUGAGAAUUAAAAAUUAGCUUAAAUCAUUUAUGGGUUAGCAAAAACAAAUUCGGGUUAACACAUUUUGUUACAGCAUAACCCAUCAUGAACACGUGAACGAGGUCUUACAUUUAAUGUGCAAACCAAAAAAUAGUUGCACAGAAUUCACACGUGUGACGGAAACGGUCGCUUUCACAAUUGUCAGAAGCCUGUGGUAUUACAAUAAAUUCAGGACUGAAUCUUAUUGGAAGUUUUAGCAGAGUGCCUCUAGUUUUUAAAACCAUCAGAUUAUAGCGCUGCAUGUUUCGAAUACAAGAGUUGGAGUCAGUGUCGUACAUGUCCUGAGCAUUAUCACAAAAGCUGUGUUGCACGUCUCGGCAUCAUGGCCUGUACAUAUAUCACAAUUUGUACAUGUAUGUAUAUUAUAUAGUUGGCUUUCAUCAUCUUCUGUAAAUAGUCUGUCAUAAUAGCUUCGGUCUUGAUAUACUCAUAGCAAGUUUCUGAAACCAAGCAAUGUGUUUUUUAUUAUUAUGUUUGUUUGUUUUUAAAUCUAUUUUUAUUGGUGACAGGCUGGGUUUGGUGUACUAUUGUGAUGUCAUUCACAGUGGGACAGAUUUCUUGCCAUGGUGCAUGGCAAUUAUAAAAUCAUGAUGACAUUGUAUAAAAAAAAAUCAUUAGAUCCAUCCUCGUGUAUAAAUUUAUCUUCGUAAACAUGGCCACCCAGAUUUAGAUACAUUUUCAGAAUACAUUUACUGAAAUUGUUUUAUUGUAGCGGACAGGUGGGAAUACAAAGGCAGAGUGCAAGGGGUUCAAACCUAUUUUCCUUCUCCCCAAACUACGAAGUGCUCUGAAAAUCAAGUGUUUAAGGAAUGUAUAUUAUCACUUUUUAUUGUUAGUAGUGUGAGCAGUGGGUGCAAUAACUUGGUCAACUUAGUGUUUCUCAGGAAGUUUGUAAUGCAUGUUAUGUACUUUGAAAUACAGUAGAUGACAUUUUAAUAGUUUGAAACACAAUAGAAAAUGUAGCAUAACCACCACCCCCACCUGAUGGACGUGAAGCAUGACGGAAAAUAUUCUCUAUUGAGUGGAAAAUUCUAUGGUUUUAAAAUUAGAGAAUAAUUGGUUUGGCAUGGUGUAAUAAAUAACUAAACAAUUUACAUAGAUUAUUACACAAUUCCAACAUGGCGGUUUUAAAUAUUUGUGUGUCCAGCAAAUGUUGCUAAUUAAAGGUUUGAAACUAAAUUGGUGUCAUUUGAGAAUUGUUUUGAGAUUUAUUUAUCUGUGUCCAUGAGGUAAAAAAAUCAAUAAAAAAUCGAGUCUAGGUAUUGUUAGAUUCAUUGAGUUUUGAGACAAGUUUUGUUAAGUUUUAUAUUCAUGGUGUCGGGUACAUCUUACUUUAAAUUCCAAAACACAGAUUUUGUGAGAGAGGGUUUCUUUAAGUACCCUUUUAAACCUGUCAAAAAGUUUGUGAUGGGUCACAGAUAAUCCCACGGUAAGUCUAGGGAGUAGGAUAAGUCAGGUUUUCAGUAUUCAUAACUUUUAAAAUUAAAUUGGUGUUAAAUACCUUUUUGAAUUGUCAGUAAAAAAAAUUCAUAUGCCGGUAAUAUAGAAGCUCAAACAUUUUUCAACCACUAAUUAAAAGCUUCAGAAAUUGCUAUUUUGUUGUGGGUAGGUUUUUUUUUUUUUUUUUUUGUUUCAGUUGGGUUUUCUUGUUUUUAAACUGGAAAAUGGCACCAUUUUACAUUUGUUGACAACAUGAGUAUUUUUACAUCAGUGUUCUAAUUUUGGUAUUUCUAUUACCAAACAGAGUAGGACAUUGCUUCCUGGUUUAGAUAUAGUUUCCCAUUCCAACUGAUGCACCACAAAUGGUCUUGUCAAACAAAGUGCAUAUGAAAGAUCCAUUACUGAUAAUCAGUAAGAGUGGUCUAUGUGCUGGUGGCAGGGUCUUUUCUGUCACUUGUAAUAUUGCAUUGGACAACUAAUGGCUGUUGGGAGGUUUUUCAACAAAUAUUCCUUUAAUCAUUACCAAACAACUUUAUAGUCAACAUAGGGCAGGAUUGCAUUUCCUAACAGAAUCAUGUUAUAGAUUAUUCAAUAUAGAAUUGUAAAUUUAUGGUUGGUGUGCUGUAGUCACAAGAAUGGUUUCAAAAUGACUAAAACCUCAUUCUAGGGGUUGACAUUUUACAGAGCUUGUAGAAACAUUGCUUUUGCAUACCUUUUAAUUUGCUACUUGUAUUUACUCGACAUUUUAGUCAGAACAGUCUCGGUUGGUUUUAACUAUCACAUGCAUGUGAUUAGUAAACAUCUUACAAGGAUCCUCAGUUUAGUACUGACCUGGUUUGAUACUGUUGGAAAUUAGCAGGGGUUUUCUUCAAUAUCAAUGGGUUUUUUAAUUUAUUUAUUUGGGGGGGGGGGGGGGGGGGGGGGGGUAAAAUGGAUAAUUAAUAGAGUAUCUACGAAUUCAAGAGUAUUGUUAUGUAACUAAUUUAAAGAUCAUUUCUAAGUAUGUUUGUACUUAAAUACUAGAACGUAUUACACUACUGAAUACUAGAACUAAUUGAAAUUUUAAUCAUGCUUUAGUAUUUUAUUUUAUUUAACUGGUAAUUUUUUUAAAUAUAAAUAUUUACGGUGACAUUUGUACUUAAAUACCGUAAUAGAGCUAAUUAUAUUUCAGAUCUUCUUUUAAAAAAAAUUUUGUUAAUAUUUUUAAAAUUGUAUUUUUAUUUUAUUUUUUAAUUAAAGAAACACCUUUUUGUUCACUUAAAAUAAAAAGGUGUUUUAGCUUGUAUCAAGAACUGAGCCCUUAAAGUAACUUGGUUUUAGUGACAUGAUUUGUUUUCUGUGUCAUUUGUUUACUGUGGAAUUAUAAAUAUGAUGUGUGCUCUAGUUUGACAGUAUAUGAAGUACUUGUGUGUGUGUGUGUGGGUGGCUUGUUACUAAAACUGUUCCGUUAGCAUUGUUAGUGUCUACCAACUCAUAUCAACCUGUCAUUGAGAAUUAAACUGAGAAAACUA